GAAAUCGAUUGGAACAGCCAGUGUGUCCCGUUCUUACACUACAAAUUCUAGAAAGCUCGAGAUGAGCUUUGGAGAAUGGAGAGGGCUUCGAUGAGGUUUCAACUAACCAAAAACAUGCACGUGCCGAUACUUCAUCCGAUUCGCGGCACAUGUGAAUCACACACGAUCCAAUCCAACCUACUUACAGACGACAAUUACAAACCCUAACCUGCACGACAAACAACCUUCUGCUUUUCCCUUCUCUCUCACUCAGCAAACCCUAAUUCCACCCUCUGCCUCUGCUAAACGAGAACUGCUAUGCAAAUUCUCAACCACAGGCUCUCUCUGUGAAAUCAAAAUCAACAUAGCUAUUCUAACAAUGUCGCUAGAUGAGCACAAGAAGCCCAGUGGGAAUGGAAAUGGCGUCGCACUAUCUACUCAGGUAGCACACAGGCUAAGGUUGAACCCUAGCACCGAUCACAAACCCGAUAGCUAUGAGGACCUGCAAUCGGAUUUCAGUCCUUUACUGUUCAGCUCGCUAGAGCGGUACUUGCCUCCUUCCAUGCUUUAUUUGUCACGUGAAGCUAAAAUCCAGUUCAUGAGGGACAUUCUCGUUCGCUACUCUCCCGAGGGUGAACGCACUCGUAUUCAAAAACAUAGAGAAUACAGGCAGAAGAUUAUAUCAAACUAUCAGCCUCUACAUGGGGAGCUGUAUACCAUGAAUGCUGUUAACUUCUUUGUUCCCUCAUUUCUCAAAGCAAUUAAUGAAAAAACUGAUGAGAGUUUUAGAAGUAUAUUGGUGGAACCCACGCCAGGAGUUUAUGUAUUUGAAAUGUUUCAGCCAAGUUUCUGUGAAAUGUUGAUGUCUGAGGUAGAAAAUUUUGAAAGAUGGGUUCAUGAUACAAAAUUCAGAAUAAUGCGUCCAAACACAAUGAACAAGUACGGUGCUGUUCUAGAUGACUUUGGGCUGGAAACCAUUCUUGACAAAUUGAUGGAUGAAUAUAUACGUCCUAUGUCUAAAGUUUUUUUUCCUGAAGUUGGUGGAUUAACUCUAGAUUCUCAUCACGGUUUUGUUGUUGAAUAUGGAGUUGAUAGGGAUGUUGAGCUUGGUUUCCAUGUGGAUGACUCAGAAGUCACCUUGAAUGUUUGCUUGGGUAAGCAAUUUUAUGGUGGAGAAUUGUUUUUUCGCGGUGUACGGUGUGAUAAACAUGUGAAUACUGAAACUCAACCAGAGGAAAUUUUGGAUUAUGUCCAUGUUCCGGGGCGUGCUGUUCUUCAUCGCGGUCGCCAUCGGCAUGGUGCUAGAGCUACAACUUCUGGGCAUCGGUGCAACCUAAUUUUGUGGUGCAGAAGUUCAGUCUUCCGAGAGCUGAAGAAAUAUCAAAAGGAUUUCUCCAGCUGGUGUGGAGAGUGCCGACGUGAGAAAAGAGAAAGGCAACGUCUGUCAAUUACUGCAACCAAACUGGAAUUGUUGAAGAGGGAUGGUAUAUCAGCAUCUUGAGUUAUUUACCCCAGACGUUUUUCUUGUGAAGCUGCAAUGUUGCAGAAUUUUCGUCCUCGUCAACAGAGAGGUUUUUUUUUUUUUUUUUUUUUUUUUUUUUUUUUUUUUAAAUGUUAAUGCAAAAGAGGGCGGUAAUGUACGUAGUUGUGAAUAUUGUCCAUUGGUCCUUUUGCAAGUUGUGCACUCAGCGUUGUCAAGUACGAUAUUGUUCUAUAUGCCAUCCAAUUUGGAAUGUAUUAAAAAAAAAUGUAUCAAUUAAGAGCCUGUUUGGGGUUGUGAUCCUGAUA